AUGUCAAGACAGCUCCGCACGCGGGCUUCGCGCCCAAACUACGCCGUUCUAUCAGGUUAUAUAGAGCCUGACGAGGAUGGAGCUGGUCCUUCACAAGCAAGAGAGUAUCUGGAAGAGGUUGACAGCGGGAGCGAGUUUGAACCCGAUGCAGUCCCGGAGCAACAAGGCGCGGACGACGCGGAGGACAUGGCAUUGGACGACGCUGAGCCUGAAGACGAACCCGAAGCAAGUACCGCUACAGCCAAGCUUCGACGACGCCAAACUGCCUCUACUCGAGAGUCUUCCUUAGCUGGUCCGGAGUCGGCGAGUGUUGGUCCCAGACGGAAAAGUGCUCCCCCAAAACCAACGGCGAAACGGUCGGUGGUGUUGGCUCCAGGACUAUCAUACUUGUCCAAUAGGCAGCAGCAUGCACUGCCAAGUCAGAACCACCGGCACAGAUCUUUUGGGAUACACCAAAAAGGCGGCAAAACAGAACGCCUCAUAGAGCCCCCAAGACUAUUCGAGCCAGCGUCGACCGCUCUGACGAAUGCCUGGGGUGUGAACAGCACGAUUACAGAACGGCUGAACAAGUCCUUGGGCUACAACAUUGGCCCGGGUCCAUUGUGGGACAUGGUGGAGGAUAGAGGGUGGUUCAAGGAGGCGUAUGACUCUCCUAACACAACUGAGAAAGAGCGACGGCCUAGGGUCCAUGGAGGCCUCCGCUUGGGAGCGUACAGACUCCUCAGUCCUUUCGAGGCCGUCCCAUAUCUGCCCAGUGAUGUGCAAACCACACAUGAGGGGGCAUUGAAGCCUCCACCUCCCGUUGCGUGCUCGUUUGGGCCAUUCGGGAAGCAGACUCGCCUCGAAGUAAAUCGGUAUGACAGUAUCAGAAUUGCCCAAUUUUUUCCCGGAAGCAAAGCCCACGUUUUCAAUGCUGGGGCACCUGUAUGGGCCAUUGACUGGUGUCCUAUCCACCCAGACGACCGAUCUUACUAUCAACACAGGCAAUACUUGGCGGUGGCCCCUUUUCCCUCUCGCAGCUACUCACCAAUGAUCGGUUCUCGCGUACAACGACCGUCUUCGGCGUGUAUACAGCUCUGGAGCCUGUGCCCGUCUCUAGCAGCUGAGAACGCAAUGGAUGUUGAUGGAGGCGUGUCCGAUGCGGGAGAGAUGCGAUGCGACUUAGUGCUAUGCCUUGAUAGCGGCCCUGCCUAUGACUUGAAGUGGUGUCCGUUACCCGCCAACGACUCGACAAUGGAGGCGAACGACGCUACACCUAGGAAGCUUGGCAUCCUCGGAGGCACCUUCGGAGACGGCUCGCUUACAUUCUAUGUUGUACCUGACCCUAGAACUAUCAAGGUUCCCGCGGAUUACCCAAAGAACACGCCGUUAUACGUGAAGCCCACUAAACCCCUCCUCCGCAUUGAGUUAGAGGAGACAUGCUGCUGGUCAUUCGACUGGGCAAAUAGCGAAGUUGUCGCCAUCGGGUGCACCAAUGGGAACAUCGCCAUCUACAAUAUCGCUACCGCGCUCUAUCAACAGUCGUCUAUGCCUCUCUUCCCUACCCAUUACUUCACCGUCCACCAAUCUGCCAUCCGAAGCAUCGCGUGGAUCCGUGCGCCAGUCUGCGACGCCGACGGCGAAGAGACAUCCGACGACCCAACCGUGCUCGUGAGCGGUGGGUAUGACGGUGUCGAGACCAUCACAGACAUCCGGGAGUUGCGUGGCAACGUCAUGAACCGCACCAGAGACGUCGUGACGACUAUUUGCUAUUCGGCGUAUACGGGCAGCGCGAUCACGAUAGAUCACGAGAACAUCAUCAAAGCGUACUCCGUAGCCCCGAUCAUGCUAGGUCGCGGGCAUACCUUAUUGGAACCCAAUGGGCCUAUAUGGAGUUUGGCCGCGUCUGACUAUCAUCCACAAAUUGCCAUUGGGGUCACAGACGGGUCGUGCUUAACCACCAAUGCGUUGCGGUCGACCAGAAGAGGUGGGCUGAUACCUUUCAUGGAGCACAAAAUCUACCACCUGGACUACAGCCGUGCUGUUGGUGAAUACAGGAUGCUAGAGCACUUUCUCCCAAAGGAGACUCACAAUCGCCCAGCGGCGACGCGCCAAAACAAGACGAUACCUGUGGGUACAGGCGCGUGGCCACCAGAGGUUGGCAUCCACCGUGUCGUGUGGAACGACAGGAAUGGGCUGGCAGGAACGCCGCUGCUCGCUUCCGCGACUGGCUCUGGAUUGUGCAGGGUUGAUUGGCUUCUAGGGAAAUGGGGAAGAGACCCGUUGCCGUACAAUAGCGUGGAAGGAAUGAGGGCGGAGACAGGGGGAGAGUUCGACGAAGAUGACGAAUCUGAUUGA